CUUUUGUUUAACUGCGCUCAGACGUGUUGGAGGUCAUAGGUUAGGUUAAUGCGAGUUGAAUUAUGCCUGUUAGCAAGAAUGCCAAAAUUAGUCAGCACGUUAAUUAUCGUGUGAGAUGUACGAUGCAGGAUGGCCGACAACUUGUCGGAACAUUCAAGGCAUUCGAUCGCCAUAUGAACAUAAUACUUUGUGACUGUGAUGAGUUUCGUCAAAUUAAAAAGAAGGAUGCUAAACAGGACAAGGAACGUCAAGAGAAACGCGCGCUGGGCCUUGUUCUUCUGAGGGGAGAACACGUCGUAACCAUGAAUGUCGAUGGCCCUCCACCUCCUGAGGAUUCUGCACGUGUCCCACUCCCUACAGCUGGUGGUUGGGCAACUGGAAUGAAACCACUGACCGGUAUUGCAGUUGGCCGUGGUAUGCCUCUCGCCACACCUGCCGCAGCUAUUGCUCCUAUCCCGCCUGCUGGUUUAGGUGGGCCAGUGUGGGGAGUUGGGGCACCAGCACCAGGUCUGAUGCAGCCUCGCGCCCUCCCAGGAAUGCCACCGCCCCCACCUCCUCCAGCAGGUGCACCUCCAGCUGCUGCUUUUGGUCGCGGAAUGCCACCAGUGACUGUCGGACGAGGAUAUCCACCUCCACCACCACCUCCUCCUGGGUACCGAUGAUUCAAUCGGAUUACGGACAUUUGUUAUAGAUAAUUAAUCUAUUAUCACCACUGAAAACUUUUGUUAAGGCAUUUAUUUGUUUCAGUAUACUUUUACACAGAUUUUGGUGUCUCUGUUCUCAUUUAAGCAAUGCAUACUUUGAGUAAUUUC